UUUGCGCGCGCUCGUUCUGGUGCUUUUCCGCUCUGGUUUUCCUGCGGUGGAAGCCGCUCAGAAAGAGCCAGGGCAGCGGGAGGGACAGCGAGGAAAGACAUUUAAGAGAGAAAAAUUUCAAUAUUUGUUCCAGAAGGAAGACAAAAGGCCGGUAGAAGACCCAGCAAGAGCCGACUGGGGAGUGGAGAUGUUGGACACCAUCUUCCCUUGCCUGCAGGGCGUGGGCAAGAACGUGUUGCCCACCCUGCCCUUGCUGAGCCAGGAGGAUGUCUCUACUAUUUGGGGGCAUGUAUCAGAAUUUGUGGAACGGCAGCUAUCCGUACACAAGGGGGUUCAGAUUCCAGGACUUGGAACUUUCACUUUCAUGAGACAAAAACUUGAUUUGGGAAACAAGUUUAUUCUGUUUGAGAGGCCCGUAUUUAUCAUGGCGGAGAAGUUAAUACAGCUCCAUGGACUAAAACAAAACAAAGUAUAUACUCCUGGUGACAUCCCAGUUGUUCCACUUAAUUUUGUCAUGAUAUCCUUGGAGGGUUCAUUUAAUAGGGAUACAGUGGAAGGAUGUGUGAAGGAGACAUUGCUUUUUUUAUCACGAUCCAUUUCAAUCAAACAGAACGUGGAGUUUACAUUCAAAGGAAUCGGAAUCCUCGUGAUCAAAGACGGUGGAGUGAAGAUGAGAUUUUUGAAGGACUUCCUUUGUAAAGUGGAUGGAAGCGGGGCUUUGGCAAAAGCCCUAGCAAAUAGGCCUGGCACUGUGGACUCAGUGUUGUCUAGCAGAGAGUCCUUCAGGAAGCUGGCUAACAAUGUGCUUGCAUUUCCAAGGAUUGAGUUCAAGGAGAUGGAGAACAAACCACCUAUGGAGACCAUUGUGGAAGAGGGUGAGAAGCAUAAACCAAGGAAGUACAAGUUAAACGACCGGACAGACAAAGCAGAAGUUGUCAGAGAGAUCUUAUCACCCAAGAAAUGUCCAGAUAGAAAAGCUUUCUCCUCUGGCAAAGCGAAAGGCCUCAACUUGCCAAACAAAUUUGAGCUGAGUGGGGAUAGGGAGAAGAAUAUGAGCUCUGAAAGCUUAUCAUCUCCAAGGUGCCGGAAAAGUGACAAUGAAAUGAAACCUAAAAUUCCUCCAGCCAGUGCUUGCCACAAUCAUAAUAAGGCAGGACAGGAGUUGUGUUACGUAUGUUUGCAACGAGCACAACAAAAUUCCCCAUUGUACUACAGUGAGGAGAGGAGGAGGAGAGAGAUAGAAGAGGAGCGACUCAUACAGCAGUAUCAAAUAUUGAAAGAUCAAGAUACUUUCUUCAAGAACCAGAUGAGAAGUCUGGCUAAUAGAGAACAGAAUCAAAAAAAUGCUGCCUAUAAUCUUGGAGUUGCUGAAGCCGUGCGAAUCCACAAGAACGAGAAACCUGGAUUUUAUAAAUCCUUCCUAUUUGAUAAACGGCCAUUCAGUCCUGAGAGCAAGGCUUUAAAGCAAGAGGAACAUAUCCAAGGUCUCCUGAAACAAAUGAAUACCAGACGGGAAAAGGAAAUAAAGCAAAGAGAAAACAAAGAGUUGAUGGAACGCCUAGAACAACUGCAACUCACAGAGGAACUUGCUGCCCAACGAGCCAAAUAUAUACAAGAUAAGAUGGAAGAAAGGGAGUGUUACAAGAGGGCUUUAGAUGCACAGAUAAAGAACAGAUUCCCGUAUCUGCCUAUAUAUGAGCCGGACUCUUGUGAGCCCAUCUUUGGCAGGAAUGAGGCUGAGCUGAUGGCAGAAACCCGAAAGCGAGAACAGAAUUGCAUGAGACACCAGCAGGAGGCAGCUGCUAGCCGCAAGAGGAAAGCCAUCCUGAACUAUCUGGUGGACCAAAAGCGGGAUUUGCUGAUGCUGCAGAAGACACAGCAACAGCUCUUGGCAGACAGAGAUGCUGAGCUGGAGAGAGCGAACAAAAUGAACCAAAGCUUACAGGAGGACUGGAAGCGGAGUGCUGAGAUGAAGAGGCAGCGGGACUGGGAGGAGAAGGCUUUUGAGCGGGCCUCGGACAAGCUCUUCAUCCUGGACCAGUGUAACAAGUACCAGCGCUGCAAACAGUGCCAGCGCAGCACCUCCAACGGGGGCCACAGCCACCAGUGGCCGCUGAACAAGCUCCUGCAGGGCUCCGGGCUGUUUGUGUGAAACUCAGAGUUUGGACCCGCACUUCCUGGUCCAAGUUCUUAUUUUUUUUAACGUCUGAAAAAUUGUAUUGUGCGGUUUCA